CAAUUCCCCAGGGGGUCGGUGUCUUCCUCUGUAAGGCCUUUGGGGCCAUAGAAGGCCCCUUCCAGCAGCUUCCACCCACAGCAAGAAGCAGAACCUCGGAGGUCGGGGGAGGCGGUGGAGGGGGUUGAGGUGUUCCUCUCGCACAGAAGAGGCGACAGGCUCGCUGCGUCGAUGGACAUCUUAAGCUCUGUCCAAGAGCAGCACCUCUUGGUGUGGAGGGACUUUUAUUCAGAAGGACUUUUGUCAGGGACCGACCCCGUGUUUCCAGGACACGCUGAGGCAAGAGGCACUCGGCCGUUAUCUGACAGAGGAAGGAACUGGGGUGUCCCCGCAAGAAAUUGUGUCUUGUCGAGAGAAUCACAGCGGCGUCGUGAAGCAUUGCCGGGCGGGCGUAACGGGACAGUGCCCGUCGGGCCACGGCGUUUCUAAGACUCACGUCCCCGCCUUAUCCCCGCCGGUGAGCCGGAGGGCCUGGCCGUCCGUCCCUCCAUCCCCGCCCGCCCCGCCUGCCGAGAACAAGCACCGCGAUGAGUGAGGAGGCGAUGAAUCUCAGCGCCGGCUUCAACUUCAGCGAGGACUACUUUGGGUCGGGCAACAGUUCGGACUACUCAGCUGACGGUGACAGCUUCUUGUGCUCCCUGCAGGAGGUCCGGAGCUUCUCUGGGCUCUUCGUGCCUGUGGCCUACUCCCUGAUCUGUGUCUUUGGCCUCCUGGGCAACGUCUUGGUGGUGGUCACCUUUGCUUUUUACAAGAAAGCCAAGUCCAUGACAGACGUGUACCUCUUGAAUAUGGCCAUCGCGGACAUCCUGUUCGUCCUCACCCUCCCAUUCUGGGCCGUGAGCCACGCCACUGGCGAGUGGGUGUUCAGCAACGCCACGUGCAAGCUCAUGAAGGGCGUCUACGCUGUCAACUUCAACUGCGGGAUGCUGCUCCUGGCCUGUGUCAGCCUGGACCGCUACGUGGCCAUCGUGCAGGCCACCAAGUCCUUCCGGCUGCGGUCCCGCACGCUGGCGCACCGCAGGGCCAUCUGCCUGCUGGUGUGGGCGGCGUCCGGGCUCAUCUCCGUCUGGACCUUCGUGUUCAACCAGAAGUACCACGUGCAGGACAGCGCCGUGUGCGAGCCCCGCUACCACGAGGGCUCCGACCCCAUCAGGUGGAAGCUCCUCGUGCUGGGGCUGCAGCUCCUCUUCGGCUUCUCCAUCCCGCUGCUCUUCAUGACCUUUUGCUACGCGCUCAUCGUCAGGACCCUGGUGCAGGCCCAGAACUCCAAGCGGCACAAGGCCAUCCGCGUGAUCAUCGCGGUGGUGCUGGUGUUCCUGGCUUGUCAGAUCCCCCACAACAUGGUGCUCCUGGUGACGGCCGCGCAGCUGGGCAGGAUGAACCGCUCCUGCCAUGGCCAGAAGCUGCUGGGCUACGCCACCAACAUCACCGAGGUCCUGGCCUUCCUGCACUGCUGCCUCAACCCCGUGCUCUAUGCCUUCAUCGGACAGAAGUUUAGGAGCUACUUUCUGAAGAUCGUGAAGGACCUGUGGUGUAUGCGGCGGCGGCGGAAGUCCCUGGGCUUCUCCUGCUCCAGGCUGCACUCGGAGAGCUUCGUCUCCAGGCAGAACAGCGAGACCGCGGACAACGAGAACGUGUCGUCCUUCACCAUGUGAGCGGCCCGGAGCAGGCCCGAGGUCUGGGCGACUGCGGACAUGGACUCGGGACCCCGGGAGUCCCCUGUGGUUGGCCUUCCCCAAAACGGACCCCCGGGACUACGAAUCAGACAUUUUCGGGAAUAUUCGUGAAGCAUCUUGUGAGCAUGACCUCUUUUGAUCACAGCAAAACGCACAGGGUUGGGAAACCCAAGAUGGAAAAAAAAUCACAUAAGAGCCCUUGCACCCCUCAUCUUAGGCAGAAGGUGAAACAUUCCACCUGAGCCGGCCAAGUGGUGGGGGAGACGGACGGUGGCGGUUGUCACCGGUGUCCAUUGUCACCGAGGAUAAGGAAGACGAGGUGGUAACAGGCCAUCGGGAAAGGGCAGGCUGGCUUUAUUUCCCCGGAGAAGUGUUCUCUGCAGUCGCCGAUUCUCCGAAAGUCGGGCAGGCAGAGCUCCACGAGCCGCAGUCUAACGGCACACACUCAGCACACAGAGGGCUUCGUGACUAUUGUCAGACAAAUCACAGUGAAACUGGGGGUCACAGUGCAGUUUAGAAUGUAAGGUGUUUAAAUUACCUUCUUUUAAAAAGCACAAGGAAGCUUCCCCAAGACGAUACAGAAAGGGCUUUGUUCCCACAUCCACGGAAGCAGAAGCAGCCCCUGGAGCCAAGGGCAUCAGGGGCCACAGGGAGCUGGGCUCGAGCUUCCCUCUCUGCUUCUGGCUUUGGUUUUUACCCAAAGUCUGAGGUUGAUCAUGGAAUCUGAUUUUAACAACUGUCUCCAACUUCUAGAAAGUUCCUAGAACUCAAGCUUUGAGAGUGCUUUGUAAACACAUGAACACAAGUAGAAAAAAACAAACCACAUUACAAAAAUGCAGGCGUGCGUUAGAAGGUACUGACGUGAGUUACAAAGAUGCUGACAUGUAUAGCCCUGAGAUACCUGUUAUUGAAACUUUCUGCCGUUCUCAUGAGCUUGACGUGCACCUCUGUAUGAAAUUCAAAGUGCCAUCUUAGGGUUCCGAGUCUGUAUGUCUCAAACAUCAUUUUGGCUUUGCAAAAUGAAGGCCUUUGGUGCAUGAAGUGGGAACGGUUUUCCAGAAUCAGGGAUCCGACUCGGGAGCUGAGGCGUUCCGGGGUCGGCCGCCCUCCCAGGCUGUAAGCGUGGGUUCCCGCGCGCAGAUCCCGGCGGCCGACUUGCAUUCAUGCCCCUUGUGGGUCCCGGAUGCGCUCAGAGGAUGUAGGGAGAGAAGUUUGUGCCUCUAAGCAGGAAAUAGCUCGCUUACUGUGACACAGCUGGAAAUCAGCUCUUCUGUAUAAUUUGAAUUUUCAGAAAAGUGAAGCUUCUUUAUGCAACAGUCCAUUUAAUUUCAGCCGUACUGAAUAAAAGUGUUUCUAAAGUAGGAUACAGACUUUAUUUUGUCCAAUAUCAUCGUUGUUUCUUGCUGUUUGGUGUGAGGACGUGUCAGUACCCUCGGGAGACACAGAACCGUGUGGAUUUUGGUCCGUUAUUAAGCGGCUCCAGAUGGCUCUUUAACGGUUCUGGUAUCUUUAUUUCAUUGGUUUCCCCAGAUGUCCUCCCAGCGUCUGGCUCUGACCGGACCUUGCGUGUGUCUGCUGGUGGCCGGUGCUUGGCCCUUUGCAAACCCCAUUCCACUGUGUUCUCUGGCCAGACGGGGCGGUGCCUCAGGGACGGUGACUCAGGACUUGUCAGUCUGUUGUUAAUAAAUGAACUGUAUACUCGG